AGAUGGAAAAAGAGACCAGUAGAGUGUGACUGGUUGUAUGGUGUGAUCUUGAAGUAGUGUUACGUUUUCAGUAUUAUCUUGUUGUGCUCGCCAUGACGUUGGUUUGAAAUUGUAUUUCAAAAUAUUAAUCCCGAUGUUGGUCGCAGGACUGUGCCAAUGUAGUUUUCAUGCUUUUAACGAGGAGAGAAUCCGGGGAGGCAAUUCGUGGAUACCGAAGAAAGCUUCAAACACGUUUGAAGCUUUCGAGGUCGUAUUCAUGGAACUAUGAACCUGGACUCAUUGUCUUUUACUUUGUCACAAAUCAGUUAUUUGGUUGCGAAUUUAAAUAAGAAAAAUUUUCGAGACAGCUGCCAAGAAAUAUCAAUUCUGGUGCAGUGGAAGGGUUUGGAGGCAGACAGACAUUUGCUGCGCUCUUUACUCUCGUGCAUCGACUUUUCAACUGGAGAGCCACCAGAAUCAAGUGCAAAAGAUUACUUUCAAGUGCAACUUCUAAAACAAGAGUGUACUAAUCUUCUUAGCAAACCUUCCUUUAUUUCUAAUUUGUGCUUUGCUAUAGAUCAUCCAUUUCAUCAACAAAAGACUUUGAAUCCAUCACCAAAGUUUUUUUUACGUUUAAAAAAAGUACUUGGCUUAACUCUAGUACAAGAAGUUGCAUUUGCAAUUGCAUUACUGCAUUCUGAGAAUACUGAAAUCCGUACAUUAGCUGUAGAACACGUAAAAAAACAGCUACCUGAAUUGAUAAAAAAUUAUAUUAAUUCUGAGACAAGCAAUAGACAUCACGAGGAAGGAUUGCACGAUUCAUUGCCUGAAGUUCUUCAUCUAAUAUUAUCUCAGGCUUUACAUUCAGCCAAUCAAUUUGGCCUUUCAUCUGAAGCAAAAGAAAAAUUUCUCAAGAAUUUAAGGCGCGAUUUUCCCCGUGAGCUGGUACCAGUGGUGCUAGCACCACUCUUGUACCCAGACAACGGGGAAACUCCGCAAGCCAAAAUCGAAUUAAACAUGGCUGUUAAUCAAAUGGAUGGAAAUUCUCUAGUAGAAUUGAUUAUGGAAUUAGGAUAUGGAUUCACUAGUAGUGUUGAAGAAUGUCGAUCAACCUUAGCUGGUUUAGGAGCUCGAGAAAUAUCUCCAGCAUGUGCUGCAAGAGUUUUAGCUCACAUGGCACGUAGCUGUAAUGGUCUUGAUGAUGCUGGGGGAUUGCAAUCGUUUUGGAGUAAUUCAGGAGCUGCACAAGAUACAAAUAAGGAAAAAGCAAGUGAUAGUACUGCUCCUACUACAUGGAAUGUUGAAGUUUUUGUUCAAGCUUUAAAAGAAAUUCAAUCAACAUUAUCUUGGAAUGAAGUAAUCGUUAAGUUGGAUCAUGCAGAAUUUGUUAUUAAAGAUAGACAAGGGUUGAAUUUGUUAAUCACAGGUUUAAGGUUGGGAUUAGGUUAUCCUUUAGAUAUGUUUCCUGUGGAACUUUUUUAUCGUUAUUGGGAUAAUGUAGAAGGACAGUUUUCUCUAGUGCAGCAAAUUUUAAAGUGCCCUGAUAUAUUUUGCUUUGCUGAUUAUCCAUAUCAUUCAGUAACUGUUGAUGUAUUGAAAGCAGCACCAGAAAGUGAUAGUAAGGAAGCACAAACUUGGAGAUCCUUAAAUGUAGUUGAACUACUCUUGCAUAUGGCAGAAAGAGGACUAUAUGGACCAGUUCAAGAAAUAUUUAAAUGGCCCAUUCAACACUGCCCUGAUGUCCUUGUAUUAGCAUUACUACAAAUUAAUGCUCCUAUUAGUAGACUCAGACAAGAAUUACUUAGUACAUUAAUGCCUAUUUUUCUCGGAAAUCAUCCAAAUUCGGCUGUUAUUCUGCAUCAUGCUUGGCAUGGAAAUACAGUUAAAAUAAAAUCUAUUAUUAUGCAUGCUAUGGCCGAAUGGUACAUACGUGGAGAUCAUGAUCAAACAAGACUAUCUCGUAUUCUUGAUGUUGCUCAGGACCUCAAAGCAUUAACUCAUUUAUUAACUGCUCAAUCAUAUCCAUUUGUUAUUGACCUAGCCUGUUUGGCUUCAAGAAGAGAAUAUUUAAAAUUAGAAAAAUGGUUGACAGAUAAAAUCAGAGAACAAGGAGAAGUUUUUGUUACUGCUUGUGUAAAGUUUUUACAAAGACGUUGCCCUCAAGUAAUGGGACCUGGUAUAAAAGAAGAUCUUACAGUACCAAAAGCAAGUCAACUUCCACAAGAGACGCUAACAACAAUGCUUGCUUGCUUGCAAGUGUGUGCUGGUAGUGUAUCUCAAGAAUAUUCUGAAGCAAUAAUGACAAUGGUACAAAAUUGUAGUUUAAUGUUGAGUAAAAGUACAAUGAGUAGACCUCCACCGCCAGGAGUUUUACGACAUCGUGCAUUAGAAUCUUUUAAUCCAGCAACUUUAGGAGGACAGUUAUUUUCUUCAAAACAAGUGGACCCACUUGGGAAUUUAAGUUCAAGUCUUGCAUCUAUGGGUUUGGGUUCCAGCCUUGGUCCACCCAGUAGUUCUGCGUUUAAUUUACCAGGUGCUCUUGGACCGUUAGUAUCAGCACCUGGCUCUCCUUCUCGCCUUAUGGGACCUUCUCCAAGUCCAUUUCCGAUGUUGCCAUUAUCUUCACAAUUACAUUCAGGACCAGUUGGUACACAAGGACCAUCUGUUUUACCUGGUAGUACAACGAUUGGAGGACUGGGACGACUUGGGCCACCAACAGGCAUUGAAAAAGCAAGAAUACCCGAAACAUCAAACUUAUUUCCUGAUAUGGCACAAAAUGUUUCCAAAGAAAUUGAAGAUGAAGCAAAUAGUUACUUUCAACGGAUAUACAAUCAUCCGCCACAUCCUACGUUAUCAAUUGAUGAAGUUCUUGAUAUGCUAAAAAAGUUUCAAGACUCUGGUAGUAAGAGAGAGAGAGAAGUAUUCAACUGUAUGUUGCGAAAUUUAUUCGAGGAAUACCGAUUUUUUCCACAAUACCCAGAUAAAGAGUUGCAAAUUACGGCACAACUAUUCGGAGGAAUUAUCGAAAAAGGACUGAUUAAUAGCUGUAUGACACUUGGAUUAGCUCUAAGAUUUGUACUGGAUGCACUUAGGAAAUCAGGAGGCAGCAAGAUGUAUUACUUUGGCAUAACAGCUCUGGAUCGUUUCAAGAGUCGUUUAAAAGACUACCAAACAUACUGUGAGCAUGUCAGAGCAAUUCAACAUUUCAGUGAGUUCCCACCGCAUUUAAUUGAGUAUAUAGAAUAUGGAUUACAGGGGCAGGAGCCUCCCACAAGACCUCAAGGUCCAGUCCUCCCAAAAACUUUAGCAGCUAUGCUGGCACCGGUUACUACACCAUAUAAAACUAUUACAACAACAACAAUAACGACAAGUACUACUCAAGCGAAAUCAUCCACAACACCAACCACCUCUCUCUCGGCCAGACCUUCCAUUGCUAAUGCAACAAAUAUUGAUACAUUAUUAGUAGCAACAGAUAAAGAAGAAAAAAUUACAACACCACCAGAAGCUUUACAAGAUAAAACAGCAUUCAUAUUCAAUAAUCUUAGUCAACUCAAUUUACAACAAAAAUGUGAUGAAAUUCGAGAAAUUGUCACGGAAGAGUAUUGGCCUUGGAUGGCUCAGUAUUUAGUAAUGAAACGUGCAAGCAUAGAAUUGAAUUUUCAUGCCUUAUAUUCAAAUUUUCUGGACUGCUUAAAAUUGCCAGAAGUGUAUAAAAUGGUUACUAGAGAAACGUUUAGAAACAUAAAGGUUUUAUUACGAAGCGACAAAGGGAUAGCAAAUUUUUCUGAUCGCUCGCUUCUAAAAAAUCUAGGUCAUUGGUUAGGAAUGUUAACACUUGGCAGAAAUAAACCUAUUUUACAUAUAGAUAUAGACCUAAAAAGUUUACUUGUUGAAGCAUACCACAAAGGCCAGCAAGAACUUCUUUAUGUUGUUCCCUUUGUGGCCAAAGUGCUUGAAAGUUGUGCAAAAAGUCGUGUUUUUCGUCCUCCUAAUCCUUGGACAAUGGCCAUUAUGAAUGUAUUAGCAGAAUUACAUCAGGAACCUGAUUUAAAACUUAAUUUAAAAUUUGAAAUCGAAGUAUUAUGCAAAAAUUUAAGUAUCGAUGUUGGUGAAUUGAAGCCUGCACUUUAUUUAAAAGAUCCAGAAAAAUUACGAAACUUGGAAUAUCAGUUAUCACAUCCUAAUAAAAAAUCUGAAUCAAAUAACAACCAGCAACAAACUCAAGGCCCUAUUGAAGAAUUAGUUGGACCUACAACAACUGGAACUAUUGUUCCACAAACGGCUCCUGCAAAUACAACACCCUCUUUACCUACUGGUCCACCAGAACCACGUUUUAAUUAUAUGGAUAUAUCUGUAACAGGCAUUGCUAAUAUUUCUCAACAUAUCACCAUUAAUAAUAAUUUACCAUUAUUUCAAACACAUCCACAUUUAAAACAAUUUGUUCGUCCAGCUGUUGAGAGAGCAAUUCAAGAAUGGAUUCAUCCUGUAGUCGAUCGAUCGAUCAAAAUAGCUCUAACUACUAGUGAACAAAUUGUGAGAAAAGACUUUGCAUUAGAUCCAGAAGAAGUACGAAUGAGAACAGCAGCAAGACAUAUGGUUCGCAAUUUAACUGCUGGAAUGGCUAUGAUUACUUGCCGUGAUCAAGUUUUAGCAUCGAUUAGUACAAAUUUAAAACAAUCUUUUUUAACUGCAAUACUGAGUAUGACUCCACAACAAAAAGAACUCGCAGAACAAGCAGCUAAUGUAGUAGCUGCUGAUAAUAUGGAACUUGCUUGUGCAUUUGUACAAAAGACAGCUAUUGAAAAAGCAAUUCCAGAAAUGGAUAAACGUUUAUUAAAUGAAAUCGAAUUGCGAAAAAUUGCACGACAGGAGGGAAGAAGAUAUUGUGAUCCAUUAGCAAAAUAUCAAGCAGAGAGAAUGCCUGAACAAAUAAGAUUAAAAGUUGGUGGAGUGACUCCCCAACAAAUGGCUGUUUAUGAAGAAUUUGCAAGAAAUAUUCCAGGAUUUUUGCCACUCUCUGAGCGAGACACACAAAGUCUAUUAAUGCCAAAACCUGUUACAGAACCUGCUAUAACUGCAUUUGCUGCUAACCCAGCAGUUGCAGUAGCAACAGCACAACAGGUAGCCGCAUAUGCAGCAGCAGUAAGUAAUGACGAAGUUGGAGCUAUGUUGGAAAAGCUUGCAACUGAAGUUGAAGUGUUACUUGCUGCAAUGGGUCCAGCUGCACCUCCUCCACAACAUGCUGCCCUCCAUAGUCUUUUGGAAUCCAUUAUUCUAACACGAAGAUCAAGAGAUGCAGGUGCUGCUAUGACAUUACUUAAAAAGGCUGUAGAAGGAUUAUUAGAUGGUCCUACCAUUUCCAGCGGUGUAAUAGAUUCAGAAAUUAUAUUACGGUAUAGAGAACUUCAUUUACGCAUUUUAAAAUGUCUUCAAGAUCCACGUGCUUAUGGAAUGCAAUGGACAAAUAAACAUGUUACACGAUGUUUAACGGAAUGCAGAGAAGAGUUUCGGUAUAAUUUUGAAGCUGUCGAUUAUCUCAUCAGAUCUCAUUUAAUUAGUCUUCCACAGUAUGAUUUAGCUUUGGCUCAAGCUAUAGAUUCUGGCAACGCCAUGGCAACAGCGUUUGCCAUGCAAUUGGUGCAACUUUAUUUAAUUGAUGAAAGACAAACAACACAUGUUACCGAAUCUGACCUGUUUCACACAAUUGAAAUACUUGCUAGAAUGGCACAUCAUAGAGCACCACCUGAAGGGAUUUUACUCUUUAGACUGACAAGUCUAAUAGAAUCAUUGCGUGCUAAUCAUGAUCCUGGAGUAUUAGCAGAUAGAGCUCCUGCUGGUCCUACAGCGCAUAUUCAUUCUGGAAUUCUACAGGUGAGAGCUCGUGACUUUGACGAUCCACCCGGAUUGAUGGAAAAAACAGAGUAUUUGUUACGUGAAUGGGUUUCAAUGCAUCAUAGUCCAACACAUGCUCGUGAUCCUACAAAAGCUUUUGGAAUGUUUGUUCAUCAAAUGAACAUUCAUGGAAUUCUCAAAACCGACGAUCUCAUAACAAGAUUCUUUAAAUUAAGCACUCAAAUGUGUGUUGAUCUGUGUUAUCGUGCUUUAGCUGAGACAAAUGCUGCACCAUCUGUUGUUCGUGCGAAAUGCUUCCAUUCUUUGGAUGCUUUCGUUCGUUUAGUCGCGCUUUUGGUAAAACAUUCUGGUGAUAGUACAAAUACUCAUACGAAAAUUAAUUUACUGAACAAGGUUUUGGGAAUUGUUGCUGGCGUAUUACUGCAGGACCAUGAAAUACGAGGAACCGAUUUUCAACAAUUACCCUAUCAUAGAAUUUUCAUUAUGCUUUUCCUCGAACUUUGUGCUCCUGAGCCUGUGUUGGAAGCAGUAAAUUAUCAAGUAUUAACUGCUUUCUGCCAUACGCUACAUAUACUUAGACCAGCCAAAGCUUCAGGAUUUUGUUAUGCUUGGCUAGAGUUAGUGUCACAUAGAGUUUUUAUUGGGCGUAUGCUUGCGAUUACACCGCAACAAAAAUGUUGGGGCAUGUAUGCGCAACUUUUAAUUGAUCUGUUCAAGUAUCUUGCACCAUAUCUUCGAAAUGCUGAACUUGCAAAGCCUGUUACUUUGUUAUACAAAGGAACUCUUAGAGUACUAUUAGUCUUAUUACAUGAUUUUCCUGAAUUUCUUUGUGAUUAUCACUACGGAUUCUGCGAUGUAAUUCCACCCAAUUGCAUACAAAUGAAAAAUCUUAUUUUAAGUGCAUAUCCAAGAAAUAUGCGGUUACCUGAUCCAUUUACACCGAAUUUAAAAGUUGAUAUGCUACAAGAGAUAGCUCAUGCGCCACGAGUAUUGACCAAUUUUGCGUCUAUGAUACAACCAUUAAGUUUCAAAAAAGAACUUGAUUCAUAUUUAAAAGCGCGUGCACCAGUUACUUUUCUUUCUGAAUUACGUAGUAAUUUACAAGUAUCUCAAGAAGCUGGUGUUCGCUACAAUAUUCAGUUGAUGAAUGCUCUAGUACUUUAUGUUGGAACACAAGCAAUAGCUUUUAUUCGUAGUAAAGGACAUACUCCUAACAUGUCUACUAUCGCACAUUCUGCACACAUGGAUAUAUUCCAAAACUUGGCAGUUGAUCUCGAUACAGAAGGUCGUUAUUUGUUUGUAAAUGCAAUUGCAAAUCAAUUGCGAUAUCCUAAUAGUCAUACGCAUUACUUCAGUUGUACACUUUUGUACUUGUUUGCUGAAGCUAAUACAGAAGCGAUACAAGAACAAAUUACGAGAGUUCUUCUUGAAAGACUUAUUGUAAAUAGACCUCAUCCAUGGGGUCUUCUAAUUACUUUUGUUGAACUUAUUAAAAAUCCAACGUAUAAAUUCUGGACGCAUGAAUUUGUUCACUGUGCACCUGAAAUUGAAAAAUUAUUCGAGUCGAUAGCUCGAUCGUGUAUGGUUCAAAAACAAGUACAGCCUACUCCUGAACCGGAGAUCCCAGAGUGAUAGGACACUUUAUUUUUCAUUGUCGAUUUGUGUACAGUAAAAAAAGAAGAACAUAAAUAUUAAGAGUCGCGUGUAAAAAGUUGUUAAUGUACGAAUAGAUGUACUAUACUUUGGGCUUAACUUUUGGUGGAUAGAUAUUAAAUAACCGUAUAUUAAGUGUAUCAAUUGAGCUAGAAUAAGCGAGACUACUAUUAUGUUAAUAUUUUAAUAAAAAUAUUGUUGCAUCGAUCAGAAAGCAACGAACAUUCAACCUUACAAAACGUGUCUUUCGAACAGUGUACUUGAAACAGUGUGUUACCAUGACAUUGUAAUAUUAUAGCACAAAUGUCAGUAUAAUGCGUAUCAUAAUGAAGAAGAGGAAGUCAAGACAACAAGGGUGUUCAAGAAGUAAUAGUGAAUUUUUGUAGGUUAAAUUGAAUAUAAAUGUAUUAUGAGUAAGUGGUACAUUGAGUCAGUACCAAAAUUAAUAUGUUGUGCUAUGUAAGUCAUUUAGGGAGUACUUGCAGAA